AUGGCCGCGUGGUUGGCCGCCACGAUUGUAUGGGUGCUGGCGAUAUUGCUGUGCUUUGCCUAUGGCCUCGAUGAGACUUGGUAUGCGGGACCAUACGGUAGUUUCAAGCGGUCGUUGUGGCAAGCCACGGGUGUGGCUGUCAUCUGGCUCUUGAGCGCGGCCGAGUCCUUGACAAAUUACCACUGCGCGCUAUACCAGGACAGUGAGGCCAACAGCACGAUCUCGCUUCAGGAACGGCUCAACGCCCACAUUGUCCAGCAGAUCAACGUACCCUGUGAUGGUGAGUCUUACGGAGACGGCUAUUACGCGCCGUUUGCCGCACUGGCUGCCAACGAAACGCUCGAGGGACAAGUGUUUGCACGGCUGCGCGACAGCUUGUGCGAGAGCCACAACGGCGUUUACUACGCCGUCGCCUUGGCCACUCUUUUGCUGCAGUUUCUGUACUUUGCACUCCGACAAAGGGAGCUGCGGCGCAAUGCAGGCGUCAACGCCGCCCUCCUCGGGUUUACAUCGCUACUGUGGGCCAUAUGGCCGCUCUUCUUCCGCCUCGAGUACACGACAGGCUACCACUGCGUGCUCCAACGCGUGACGGCCCCCGUGGCCAUUGUCUCGGUCCUGCAUGCCAUCCUCAUGCUUUUAGUAUGGGUCCUGCAUGUGGAAAAGCGCCUAGAGCGUCGCCUGGGCAAGCCAGAGGAGAUGGAAAUGGAGCCCCAUGAGUUGCGUGGGUCCCGUCGCGAGGCCCCGUCUUCUUCCCACUCCCGCACAACCCUGCGUCGCGCACCCUCGGCCGUUCACCCACAGCCACAGUUUAAUCCCCUCCCUGGGAAUGCAUACCCGCACUCGGCACCCGCACCCCUUUUAUACGAUGAACGCUUGAGUGGACCAUCCGGCGCUCGUCAUGCCAUUCAAAGCUGCGCUGAUCCAAGCAAGGGCAGCAUCAGGCAGCUGGGACUGAUGACAGAAAGCCAAUGCUACGCCCCGCGCUACGGCGCCAAACGGCUCAGCCAGGCGCCCACCACUGAGCCGGCAAUGGGGAAAUCGGAGAAAUGCUGGCAGGGCAUUGACAUCUCAGGCUCGGGUUUUUUGGCCUGCGCCAUCAACGUGUUGUGUGUCGUCUUUUAUGGCGUGGGGCUCGGCACUCGCCGCUGGUCGGUGGCCGACCCCGAUGAAACGCAGAUCCGAGGCUAUGAGCUCGGUCUAUUUGAGUACUGCUCGCGCCGCUGCCAGCCCUACUUGGACAAUCAGUUUGAGCCAACUGGACAAACAGAUCUGAACAUGGUGACCCGAACAGAAGCCACGGCUGCCUUUUUGGUUCUUGCCAUUUUGGCCACCUUUGCGGCCAUUGUCUUGAUCAUCUUUGGGCUCGGCCGCAAAGGCUAUCAUGUGACCAUGAACCAUGCUGCCAUGCUGACCCUGGGCGCCGGCGUCCUCGGUCUGAUUGGCAUUUGCAUUUUCGCGGCCAUGGAGAACGAGCUUCCAUCCAAGUUUCACAAGCGCUAUUCCUUUUACCUUCCCAUGGUUGCGGGCAUGCUGAACCUCGUGGCGGGUGGUCUGCUUUCGAUCGACUCGAAGAACAUUUCAUAUCGCUCUCCCGAGGACGCUGUCCGUCGUGGCGGGGCAGGCAUGAUUUAGCAAGCUUUGGUGCACGUUGAGCCUCGACCUUUCGGUCCCUUUUUUCUAUGACUGUUCCUGUUUCUUCCUUUUUUUUUCCGUUCCUUGUUUCUCUCCUUCAGUCAGUUUCACCAGGUCUGGCCGGCUCAGGCUGUUGAGACUUGCUUUUUCUUUUCACCUUCCACCGUUUCCCGCCCCUCUUGUUGUUCAGGGUGGGGAAUCACCUUGCUUGCAAGUGUUGUUCUGCCGCACAUGCAUGUUUAUCAUGUUGAGCGGCUCAUGUCCU